UAGCAAGACGUCUUUUAAAAACAUCACUAGAAUUUCGCUUUGUUCAAAAGUUCAAAAUAAAACAAAAUGAUACUGUUUAAUAUCUUAAAACAUGGAUUGACGUUUCUUUUUUUCACUUUGUUAAUUGGAAUAGGCAUCGAAAAUAAUAUCAGUUUGGCUGCUGAAAACUCUGAAGUAGGGUCAAGUGAUGAAAUAUUGAAAGAAAUUAUGACUCCUUGGCGGAUAUUAGGUGACGAAACCAUUCAAUAUUUCAUUAAUUUUGCUAACAAGAAAAUGCGAGAAAUUGGAAAAAAAUAUAAUUUAAUUCCUGUUACCGUGACACAAAUACCAAGUGAGUGUAACGAUUAUGCAAAAUUCUAUGAAGAUGAUGUACAAAUAAUGUAUGGUGGAUCUGGCGGAGAUGUUGGAGGGGAACAGAUAAUUGGGCACUAUAUCUGUGUUCAUUACUCACAUGAACUAAAAAGAGUUCACGUCUAUGAUAGCUUGCAAUCCAAGUUGUAUCUUAGACAAAAGCGAGUUUUACAGGUUUUAUAUCCAUUGGUAAACUUUACAAAAACAAGUUCAGUGAAAUAUAUAAAACCGAAGACAAGACAAAACGAUGCAAGUUCAUGUGGGCUGUUUUCCAUAGCCUACGCAACAACAGUUAUAUUCGGACAGGAUCCAGCAACUUAUAAACUUCAAUUGAGUACGGGUGAUCAAUCUAUGACUUUAAGAAAUCACCUUUUUGAAAUGCUUACAACGGGAAAGUUUUCAUUAUUCCCUUCUGGAGGCGCCCCAAUCACAAGAUUAACAACUCUAGAAACGAAACCAAUUGCAACACCACCAAACAAGCCUACCCAAACGCCGCAGAAGAAGCCCACUCAAAUGACACAAAAGAAGCCUACCACAACCCCACAAAAGAAACCCACUACAACGCCAAAAAAGAAGCCUACCACAACGCCAGAAACGGAUCCUUCUACUCCGGAGAUGGUACAUAGUGAAAUUUCGGAAACGCUCCCUAUCACAACUCCCGAAAUAGUUCCAAGUGAAAAUCCAUCUGAGACCGAAAGCUCAGUAGCGCCAAUUGGAGGAGGAGGAAAAAGAAGAAACAUAAUGAACGAAAUUAUGACUCCACGAGCGUAUUUGGGUGAUGAAGCCAUUAACCAUUUUGUUGAAUUUGUUAACGAAGCACAGUCAAAGUUCAAAAUGCUCAAUAUUAAUAUAUUGAGAGUGCCGGAAGAGUGUAAAAUCCACGCUGUAUCAAAAAAAGAUGAUGUUCAAAUAUUUAUUAAUGGCGCCGGUCACUAUGUUUGUACUCAUUACAAACAUGUCAUAAACAGGAUACAAGUUUACGAUAGCUUGGCAGGAGACACCUUAUAUGAUGAUCAGCAGGAAACCUUGAAAGUUUUAUAUCCAUCGCUUGAUUUUAGUAAACCAUUUACUAUUAAAUUUACAAAACCAUUGACAACUUCUAAAGAUAAAAGAUUAUCUGGCAUCUUUGCCAUAGCCUAUGCAACAACAGUCAUACUUGGUAAAAAUCCUCAAUAUUAUAAACUCAAAUUGAAUACGGAAGAAGGUAGUGAUCGGUCCAAAAACUUAAGGGGUCAUCUUUUCCAUAUGCUGGUUAGCCGGAAUUUUACACUUUUUCCACAAAAAUGACAACGUUUCUCUAUCAAUAAUCGAAAUUCUGUCUAAAUAUUUUUAUUAAACAAUAAAAUACAUAUCAUCAAUAAUAUUAAUUCUUUAAAGAA